AAGGCCUAAGUGUUGAUUUUAUUACCAUUCCAAUUCUAGUUAUUCUAUAGUUCUAUAUAUCUUCAAAACAUAUAAUGAAUAUGAAAAUAAAACAAAAGACAUAAAAAGCUAGCAAACAUUUUGUUAUGUGAGCAACAGCCUUAAACGGGGAGAUUUUAUGAAUAUUAAUGUAAGCAGAAAAACUUGAAGCACACCGCGCUACAAUGAACAAAGUGAAAUGAAUGGGCUAUAAGCUAUGAAAAGGACAGGGGUUGUGAAGCUCGCACCAUGGCAACGACCCCUUAAACACAGGUCGGGUCUGAAACUCGUCGCGCUUCGCUUUGAGCUCUUUCUGCGGAGUAGCUGUGUGGAUAAAUUUUAAAAAAUCUGAAAAAUACUCUGAAAAUUGCUAAUUCGUGAUGUUUGGAAACUGCACCGGUUAUAACAAAUGCACGUAGAACAGUUAGCACACUGCUGUGUGUAGUUAGCUGUUAGAAAAGCUGUUCACUUGUGAGACGGUUGUUCAAAUUCAAAGAGGCUUAGAGAUGUAUUAGUUUGGUUAAGCACAUAAUAUCAAAAGCUUCAAUAACCGCUUCACUGGCUUAAAUAUGACAAUGAAAAAUGAAGAUAUGUAUCAUAUCAGUUCACUGCCGCCGAUCCUGGACUCUUACAAAUCAGUGCAAUUUCCAGAAAAGACACAAUCAAGCCACACAUCUCUGGAUCUAUGUGAUUUUCCUCUACGGGGGAGGCCUGCUGCAUGUCUUCAAAGUGACUGCAAUCAUCUCACAACAUCUCUGAACCUCAUGAAAUCCUUUUCUUUUGUGUCCACAUCUUCAUCCACGGAAAAGGCAAAGUACAAACGGACAACUUUAGUAUUGGUCUCCCUGGUUACAGCUAGCAACACGGUCCCCAGGCAGCCGGUCCGUCUGAAUGUCAGAGGCAGGGGAGACGACAAAGCCCCAGCAGAACAGGGCCGAUGGCAGCGACUUCUGCUCAUGCUGGGGAUUCUGAUCAAGCGCUUGAGAGGAAAAGAAAAGCUCUUCUAGAUCAGCGCCAUCUAGAGACGUACUACAGACUACAACGCUUAAGAGAAGUGCUGUCAUAUCAGCGUGCUGCAUUACUGACGGAAAAAGUUCAAAGACAGAGACAAGAGAUGAAGCUCCACGAUUCCAGACCUAGAGAAGGACAUAGAGAACAGAAGCUUGUCAGCCUUCAGAGGGCCACCAGAUCAACCCUCACACACGAUGAUGAAUACCUGAGGUGUCUGCCUAAAACACGCUACUAUCUGGUUCUGGAACUGCAGAAACAGCUAAAACGACUCGGGUGUCUUCAGAGCCGCAGGGAACAGGAGGUGUUCAGGGUCUGGGCAGAACAACAAAGUAGCACAUGUCAACUUGAGAAACAACUACAAGCAGUGGAACACAGCAUUAAUUCCAGCUCAAAUGUGACUCUUGAGGAUCUGCUGAAACAGAGGUCUGGGUCUCUCCCAAAACUUCAGAUCAAACCUGGUGACUCCACAGCACAACACACACAUAUGCCAGUCUCAGUAAAAGUAGGUGGAGGAGGGGUGAACGCUUUCCAACAGCAGGGCAAACAGAGUUGGGGACAAGAUGAAACUGAGCUCAUGUUUCCUGAGGUUUUCACUCGAGAGGUCAAAGCGCCUACAUUUUCUAGUAUGAAGUCCACCUUCUUGGAAGAAGUCAGCUCCAAGAUGCUUCUCACGAGAAGCAAUAAGCCACCGAUCGGGUCAAAGACCUUUGACAUUAAACACAAAUUGAGAUUAAUGCACAACCUUUCACUCUCUCAUAUGGCUGAUACUCAGAGAAUUAUGGCAAAACGUGUACUAAGUCUGCAGCUUACAGAUGGUUUCAGCAUUAAAGAAUUGAUGGAGCAUGAAUGUCGUCGCAACAUCCAAACUCAGAUAUCCAGAUGUACCACAGAGCCGGACUUUACACAGCAGAGUGAUAAGGAUACAUCUGAGAGCCCAAAAUAUUUCACUGAGAGUCCAAAUACACAUUUCUCACCAAGUCUCCAUCCAGUUGGGAAAAACACAGAUGAGACUCCAAAUAGUUCUGCUGGAGAUAUGUGUUUAUCGUACACAGACGUGCCUCUAUGCAUUGCUGACGCCUACACUAUCCCUGCUGUUAAGGUGGAAAACUCUGACGUUAAGAUGUGGACGAAUUAUGCAUAGAGGACGACUGCUGAUCUGUCGCUUUAAAACAAAUCAAAGAUUAAUUCAUUUGAUGAAGAGGAGAGAAGCUAGAAACGCUCUGCUCAACACACAAAUGCAUGUUUGCCACAUUGCUUGAUUUAAGGAUAGCUGUUAAAAUAUUCUAGCUUUUAUAGCUUCCACAUUUAUUACAAUAAGCUGCAUUUGUGCUGUUUUAAUCAUUUAAUGUUAAAGACGUAUCUGAAGCCUGUUUUAAUUCGUUACCCAGUACACAUAUUUUGGUAUUCAAAUGCUUUUAAAAUUAAAAA